AAACUUCAUGAUGCUGUGCUGGUAAGAGGAAAUGCUGGGCUGCUGACCAGUGAGAAGAAAUUUUGUUUUUCUCCUGCUACAGAGCAGAAUAGCUCUGUACCAUUUUAUGCAUAGAGUCAAUAUGGAGUUGAUACCUAGUAGCUCUUUUGCUGGUACUCAACUGUCAAUCUGACAGAAGCAAACUACCUUCACAUAUGGCCAGUCUGGAAAGAAAUAACAAAAUCCUGUUCGAUUUGGUGCGACAGCCAGGUAACAACGUGUGUGCUGACUGUGGAGCUCCUGAACCUGACUGGGCCUCCUACACUCUUGGUAUCUUUGUGUGCCUGAACUGCUCAGGGCUGCAUCGUAAUUUGCCUGAUGUCAGCAGAGUGAAAUCCAUACGUCUUGAUCUCUGGGAUGAUUCACUAGUAGAGUUCAUGCGGGACAGGGGAAAUUCAGCAGCCAAAGCCAUUUAUGAGAAGUGUGUCCCGGCCUUCUUUUACCGACCACAACAAAAAGACUGCGUUGUUCUUAAGGAUCAGUGGAUCCGGGCAAAGUAUGAAAGAAGGGAAUUCACAGGAGAAAACAACUACUUUCAGCAAGCUUAUAGCAAAGACCUGUUCGAGUCAACGCUGUGGAAGAAGGGCAAAGACAACAAGCAGUUUCUCAAGAGGAUCUUCCUGCUGUCCCGGAAAGACUUCACCCUCAGAUACUUUAUCAAAGAGGAUUCCAAGGUUCCCAAAGCUGUCAUCUCCAUGAAGGACCUGAAUGCAGUUUUCCAGCCAGAGAAGAUAAGUCAUGCGCACGGUCUGCAGAUCUCCUACCUGCACAAUGAACGUAUGAGAAAUCUUUUUGUUUAUCACGAGGAUGGACAGGUAAUUGUAUCCUUGUUCAAUGCUUUUCGGGCAACGCGCUUGGCGUACCUCCAGAAGAAACAUCCCACUCUUCGAGAUAAUGAUUUAAUACCUCAGAUAACAACACAUUGCCUGAAGGAGGGGUUCAUGGAAAAAACUGGCCCAACGCAGCGGGAGCCAUUCAAGAAGAGGUGGUUCACACUGUGCUCAAACAACAGAAAACUUCUAUAUUUUAAAACUCCACUGGAUGCUACGGAGCGGGGUGCUGUCUUCAUCGGCACAGAGAGCCAUAGCUACUCCGUUUCAGAGAGCAGUGGCCGGAGCACAAGGGGAGGCCGGUGGCACUUUGGCAUCACGCUGCAGACUCCAGACAGGGAGUUUGUGUUUAUGUGUGAGCAGGAGCAGGAGCAGAAGGAGUGGGUGGAGGCCUUCAGAAAGGUCAUCUCUCAACCCAUGACCCCAGAGGACUACGCUAAUGAAGCCAACUUGAGAAGGGGGAAAUGACUGGACCAUUCCCCAUUUCCCGGGUUUGCAGGAGUUCAGGAUGCAAUAAGUAUCCUUUUGGGACAUAACAGACUGAAAGCCUUACUUUCAAAAGAUGCUCCUGAACCUGUCUAGGGGGAUUAGAGAAAUGGAGACAAACUCUCUCUUUUACUGGCAGGACUGCUCGACACCGCUGACAAAUGAUCAGCACUUUGCACAGACUACAGUGUCUGUGAUUACAAUGUGACACCUUGGAGAAGUUACUGUCACAGCUGUGACACUUCGAUGCACAUCAGAAGCAGCAUUUCUUGAAUUUAUUGCCACUGUUGUUGCCACAAUGACACCACAUAAAAUAAUUAUUUGCAACACAUUAUGAAUAAACUGGAACCAAAGAUUGUAUUCAUUAAAAUAAGGACUACAAUGUAUGUAUAAUUUGCUAUUGUUUGUAGUUAUUUUGUAUUUUAACUCAAUUUGCACAUUUUGAAAAGAUUAGUUUCAUCUUUCAAUCUUUCUCACACACUGUUUCAUUUUAGCUAUCUAUAUAGUUCUGUAACACUGAAAGCUCUUCAUAAUUUUAAUAAACUGAAUACACAAUUAA